AUGACUAGUAAUACCACGAACAAUAUGUUCGUUCCUCAAUACAAUAUUCUCGACGAUAGUGCCGUUCAAGAAAAGAAUGCACCUGUAUCGUUAGUAGACAAAUGUCCCAAAGUUAUUGCAUCGUUCAUUGAUACAUAUGGGUAUAAGCCCGAUUUUAUAGCACAUUCUCCUGGGAGAGUCAAUUUAAUUGGUGAACAUAUAGAUUAUGCAGAUUUUUCAGUGUUACCAUUAUCUCUUGAAAGAGAUAUGUUAUGUGCUAUCAAAGUUCAUGAUUUAAAAGAGAACAACAAUCCAUCAAUUACAUUAGCCAAUAAGGAUAAACAACGUUUUGCAGGUAGGAAGUUUGAUUUACCAUUAGAUGGUUCCCCAAUAAAUAUCGAUCCCUCGAUCUCGGAUUGGUCUAAUUAUUUUAAAUGUGGGUUAUAUGUAGCGCAAUUAUAUUUAAAAGAGAUAUGUCCUGAGAAAUAUAAUGUCCAACCGUUGAAUGGGAUGGAUGUGUUUUGUCAAGGGGAUGUUCCAGUGGGGAGUGGACUUGGAUCGUCGUCUGCUAUCAUAUGUGCCGUGACGUUAGGGAUCAUUCGUGCGAAUAUGGGACAUGGGUAUAGAAUACCCAAAGCCGAUCUGUUACGGAUCACCUCUGUCGCGGAACAUUAUUUGGGUGUUAACAAUGGUGGUAUGGACCAAGCUGCUUCAAUAUACGGUCAACGAGGCCAUGCCUUAUGUGUAUCGUUUAAACCUGAGUUGAAAGCCACCCCGAUCCAAUUCCCAACCAUGAGUCUCGAUUGGGACAUUGAAUUUAUUGUAGCUGAUACAUUAGUUGAAGUGAAUAAAUAUGAUACGGCGUCUACGAAUUAUAAUUUAAGAGUAGUUGAAGUGAUUAUUGCGGCUAAUAUUUUAGCUAUGCAUUAUGGAGUUGUUAUGAAUUAUGAUUUAAGUUCGAAUAUUCGGAAGGGCAAUUUAAGAGAUUUUAUGAAUGCAUAUCUAGGGUUGCAUCGAUCACAAGUGAAGUUUGAGAUCAAUGAUAGUAUAGAGUCCCGAAUCAAUCAAUUGGAGUUGAUGUUGCAAUUAACGGAAGAAUGUCUUGGAGAUAAGAAAAACGGGCAUACAGCCGACGAAGUCUCGAAAGCGCUUGAAUGCUCGAAGGAAGAGUUCACUCGCGAAUACUUGAUGCUGUUUCCCAUCCGGUUUCAGAUGUUGAAAAUAUACAAGCGUGCGAAACAUGUCUAUUCUGAGGCGUUACGUGUCAUCAAGACGUUACAAUUAUUCGAGGAGACGAACGAGCAGACAAAGACCAACAAUUACACGUUUUAUCAUCAGUUUGGCGAGCUGAUGAAUGGAUCCCAACGAUCCUGUGAUGAACUGUAUGAAUGUUCCAGUGUUGAGAUCGACAAGCUCUGCGAGAUUGCGCUGAACAAUGGCUCGUACGGGUCUCGAUUAACCGGGGCCGGCUGGGGUGGAUCAACGGUUCAUUUAGUGCCCAAUGGUCCGAAUGGCUGUAAUGUUGAACAUGUGAAAAAUGCGUUAAUCGAGCAAUAUUACAAAUUGCAAUACCCGAACAUUACGCAAGAAGUGCUAGAUAAUGCUAUAAUUGUAUCAAAAGCUGCACCUGGUAGUUGUAUAUUUGAAUGCUAA